CCACUCAAAAAAUCCAACUUUUUCUCCUUCUCGCCCUCUAAAAUAACAGACCAAUAAAUUUGUAGAGAGGGAAAAUAUUUUUAGAGAGAGAAAUAAAAAGAAAUGGACGGGAGCAGUAGCGGAGGAGGAAACGGUUACAGAGUAGAAGCAGAACGGUGGUUAUCUAUUUCAGAGAAACUCCUAGCCGCACGUGAUUUGCACGGGGCUAAGAGCUUUGCCAUCCGAUCCCGAGAAUCCGACCCGAGACUCUAUCAAUUCGCCGACCAAAUCAUCGCCGUUGCCGACACUCUUCUUGCCGGAGAGUUAUGCGUCGAGAACAACCACUACUAUGAUUACUAUACGAUUCUCCAACUUGGACGGUUUACUCAGGAUCUCGAACUCAUUGCGAAUCAGUAUCGGAAACUCGCCUUAUUGCUCAAUCCGACGAGUAAUAGGCUGCUCUUUGCUGAUCAGGCGUUCGAGCUUGUGUCGGAGGCUUGGCUCGUUCUUUCCAAUCCUGCUAAGAAGGCAAUGUAUGAUCAUGAGUUGCAACCGAGCCAGCUCGGUCUCCUCGUGACUCAGCAACUGCCACCUCCACUAUUUCAACAGCAAGCGCCGUAUGCUCCAGAGCCGAUUCGGCCCGUCCCGCUGUUCACAACGCCGAGGAUGCCCGAGUCUUCUAUUCGGUUCCCCACUCAGCCCAAACCCUUGGAUUCACCUCGGCCGCAUGCUCAGCAAAGAAACCACCCGGAGCCAACUUGGCGACAACCUCAGCAGAAGCCAACUGAGCCAACUCAUCAACCUACCCCGCUAAAGGCCGCUACUGAGCCAACUAAGCAAUCAACUCCUCAGCGGAAGCCAACUGAGCCAACUCAGCAACCUACCCCGCUGAAGGCCGCUACUGAGCCAACUAAGCAGCCUACCCUGCUGAAGGCCGCUACCGAGCCACCUAAGCAGUCAACUCCGUCUAAGACUCCCAAGGAGCCAACUUGGCCAGAAGUUGUGAUCGGGCUAACUCGAUCAGCUCCAAAGCGGAGUGUCACUGGUUCGACCCGGCGAGUGACUAAGCCGAAAGCUCCCACCACCGCUGCUGCUGUCAUUGAGACAACGCAUGUAACUCAGUCAGCUAGGAAGACGAGUGCGAGUGAGCCAGAGGCACCGAGUUUCUGGACUGCGUGUCCUUAUUGUUAUAUACUGUAUGAGUAUCCAAAAGCGUACGAGGAGUGUAUUCUGAGGUGCCAAAGUUGUAGGAGGGCAUUUCAUGCUGUCAUGGUACCAGCACCGCCGGUGACUGGUAAAGAUGCAUGUUUUUGCUGCUGGGGAUUUUUUCCAUUGGGAUUUUCUGGUAAUAAUGAGAAAGGAGCUAAUGGGUUUGGUAGUAAUUGGUCGCCAUUUUCGGCAAUGUUUGCCACUCCAUUCCAAGCUGGUGAUGCUAUUGAUAGUGGUGGUAAAAUGUAUAAUAAAUCGAAGCAAAAAGUGAUAUAUAAAGAUGAUGUGUAUAUAGAUAUCUCUGACCCAAGUGAAGAGGAGUCUGAUUCUGGUGAUGAGUGGGGUAGAAAUAUGAGAAAGAAGGCAAAAAAUGCCAAGGGGAAAGGAACUCUCGAUAAAAAAGUGAAGAAAUUGCCUAAUGAAAGACUGAAGGAGGCGGGGGCAGGGACAGGAAAUAUUCAAAAUUUGGAUAGUGAUGGCAGGGGUAGCGUGCCAGAGGAGGUUGUGGGAAAAGGGGAAGGGAGUAGCGCGAAGAAGAAGGCUGCAAAAGAUCUGGAGAGGUUGGAUUUGAAUGUGAUGUUUAGCAAUGAUGUGGAUGAGGCUGCGCCUGGACCAAGUCAAAGGAAUGGGCCUGGGAAUGAGGAGGAGGAUAAUAUUGAAGGGAUUGGGUUUUUUGAGGGUCUAGAUGAGUUUUUGAGUACCUUGCCCAUACUUUCGGUUGUAGGGGAUGAAAUGGUGAAGGCUACUUAGUGAUACUUUGAUGUUGGUGAGGGUUUGGUGGUCGCAAGUAGCGGUGCUAAAAUAUUCAGUUCAAUGAAUGACUGAGUAACAGAUGCAGUCUGCAGCCCUAUUAGCUUCAUUCCAGGCCACAAACCUUGCAUUACCUUUGUGCUAGGCUUAUCCCGUACUUUCUCUUGGAUAUGCCUAGUUGUUGACAGAUAUGCUCUUGUGGACAUGGUGAAGUGUUGCCUUUUGUUCUAGCUUUGCAGCAUCUCUUUCUACCGUUCCAUGAUUAAUAUUGCAUUAAAGUCCUGCCCAGUAUCUUAAUCUUCAUUCUGAAAAGCAUGUAGGUUGACCAGCUCCUCAACUGUAUAUAAUACUCGAGGAAUAUUUUGUGAGAUGCAAAUGAGUUAUCUAAAUGUGAUGCAGUCAUGCAACCUUUAUUUUGUGAGCAGUGACGUUGGACUCAUUUGAGCUACUCAGGUUUGACAUGCACUAGCAAUGCUUUAAAUGAUUUUGGACCACCAUGAUGGUCGACAGCCAACUUCAAUUCCUCAAAACUCCUCCGUUGCGUGGUCACUAGCCACUGCUAUAAAUCACUGUCGAACAGGAAAAUUUUGGACCACCAUGAGACACAGGCCCCUUGGAUGGUGGUGCUAGUCCAGCAUGGUGGAGAUGCUUUUCGCUACGAUCUGAUCCGGUGAUCAUUUGCACGGCGGAGUGACCGAUGAGGCGAUUUCAGGUAUAAAAAGAAGGGUUUUCAGCUUAUACAAUGGUAUUAAUUUGUAUUAUUCAUCGAGUAGUUCAGACAUAAAAUAGACAUAAACGAGUUUGGACCACGAUGAUGCUCCACCGCAACCACCUUCAAUUCUUUAAAGAUUUUCUCUCGUGUGGUCGCUAGUCAGUUCCUUGAAUAAAAAGGAAUUUUAUUUUA